GCCGAGCUCGCCAGACAGAAUAUCACGAAAGCUCAACAACGAGAAGCAAAUCAACGACGCGACUUUGCGCUCUCCGUUGCCCAUCAGCAGCUCACAAUGCUGCGUAUCGUCGCAGCUCGAAGCAAUGCCAGCCUCGAGCAGGCUCUACGCCAGGGCUUGAGGCGCCAAUGCCAGCUGCAACGCAUCUCAUACCCGCUCGCGAGGACGUUUGCGGACUCGCGAACGCCCGACAAAAUCGUUCUCCCAGGUAGUGAGAGUGCUACAGUUGCCGGAGUGCCUCAGCCACCUAUUCUGCAUACGCCCACGCCGUCCGUGGCAGCAAACACCAUCGCCGAGUCCCAGAUCCCUGUAGAGCCACCAACUCCAACUGAGGCUCACGCCAAUACGCCGACCGCCGCUGCAAAUCUCCCACCGAACGGCUCUCAGAGCGCUGCUCCCGCCCCCGUCCGCCCUGCAAAGAAACGCCGCACCUGGCGAUCGUUCUUCAUCAGAUGGAUCCUGCUUGCCGCGCUUGGAUACGGAGGUGGUGUUUACUUCUCGCUGGUCAAUGACAACUUCCAUGACUUCUUCACUGAGUACGUGCCGUACGGCGAGGACGCAGUCGCGUAUUUCGAGGACCGCGAGUUCCGGAAGCGAUUCCCCAAGGGUGCUUUCGAGAACAAGGUCUGGCCUCAGACUCGUGGUGAGAACAAGGUUACGAUUGGGAGAUCCAGCGGUGUCAACCCUCGUUUGGCCGAGUCCGCAUCUAGCGCAACAGAUGACAACAAGUCCAAAUUGAGCGAAAAGGUCUCUGACGUCUCGCACAAGCUCCUCCCCAAGCAGGAUGCCGCGAAGACAUCGGCGAAAGAGUCGACUGGGAAAUCAUCGGCCUCGUCAGCAACCAAGUCCACGUCCGAACCUGCUUCUAAGCCGGCCGCAACCUUGGUAGAUCAUGUCAAUGUGCCGGAGGCAAACGAGCCUGUGGUUCAAGAAUUGGUCAAGAUGCUCAACAACAUCAUCACCACUGUAAAUGCAUCGCCUGAUGCAUCGAAAUAUUCAAACGUCAUGAUUACUGCCAAGGAGGACCUCAACAAAAUCAUCUCAAGCAUCCGCACUCUCAAGGACAGCGCGAGCCAGGAAGCCGAGGCUAAGGUCACCGAGGCGAACACUGAGUUUGACAAGGCUGCACAGGAGCUUGUAAGCCGCCUCGAACGUGAGAUGCACGAGCAAGAAACCCGGUGGAGAGAGGAGUACGAAAACGAACGCGAGAGGCUCAGCACCAGCUAUCAACAGAAGCUCGCCGCUGAGCUCGAUGCUGCCAAGAAAAUCGCCGACGAAAAGAACAAGAAAUCCCUCCUCGAGCAAGAGAUUGCGAUCCAGCAAGGAUUUCUUAAGAGCGUCAAGUCCAAGGUCGAGGAAGAGCGCGAGGGCCGUCUCUCCAAGCUUGAGGAGCUUUCGGCGAGCGUGGAUGAAUUAGAGAAGCUGACCGGUCAAUGGAACUCUGUCGUCGAUGCUACUCUGAAGACGCAACAUCUCCAAGUCGCGCUCGAGGCCGUUCGGUCGAAAUUACAGGCUUCGGAUUACCCGACUCCUUUCCUCGAUGAGCUCGUCGCCCUCAAGGAGGUCAGCCAAGGCAACGACGUUGUGAAUGCCGCCAUCGCGUCCAUCAACCCUACUGCUUACCAGCGUGGAAUUCCUUCCGUCGCCUCGCUGAUCGACCGCUUCCGCCGCGUCGCGACUGAGGUCCGUAAGGCAUCCCUGCUCCCUGCCGACGCGGGCAUUGCAAGCCAUGCCGCCAGCGCUGUCCUCUCUCGAUUGAUGUUCCAGAAGAAAUCCGACCGCGGCCUGCCUGAAGGUGACGAUGUGGAGGCUAUCCUCGCGCGCACGGAGGUCCUUCUCGAGGAAGGUGAUGUCGAUGCUGCAGCCCGCGAAAUGAACGGUCUCAAAGGCUGGGCAGGUGUUCUGUCUCGCGAUUGGAUCGGAGAGUGCCGAAGAGUUCUGGAGGUCCGACAAGCUGUUGAGGUCAUCGCUGCGGAAGCUCGUCUGCAGAGCCUUCUCGUUGAGUAAUUGUCAAACCCACCCUUGCAUGCGAAGUACUCGACGACCACGACUUUUGAAACUGCCGUUGCCUGUCGCUGGGUGCCCACUUUUGCUUGGUCGUGCAUUCGACUGUGAAGACCGAUUGGGAGAGAAGUCUGUCAACGACACCCGGAUGGCUGAUUUCAGUGCAAACUUCAUUCUGCCCUUGCCCACCAUGUAGCAGUAUCUUCUUUCCAGUCAUCGAAACCCAGUGCUCAUGCGGAUGCCAUUCUUCGUGGACAAGACACGAAUCUGUGGUGCGCAUAAUCCUGGCCUGGAGUGUAUAGCAGCAC